CAAAAAUGAAAGACCAGCGCGUUUGAAGGUCAAUCGGCGCAAAAAAAAAAUGAUUGGAAAUUAAGCUUGUGAUCCCCUUCAUACUUGCUUUUGUUGCAGUCUUUACUAUGCUAAAAGAACCUGAAGAAAAUCAGACAAGCCAAUCAAUAGGUGUUGAGUCAGCUACAUUUGCAAAGCCGUGUACACAAACCAGCCAACUACCGUUUCAAGAAAUUGCACGACACUUGCAGUUAGGAUGCAUUGGCACGAUCAAUCAUUUUCAGCCAAAAGGAAGAUAAUUUAUUAUCAGAAAUCGGUACUAGUCGACAUUCUCUUCUCUGGUGAUUGUGCAGUAAAUUGUAUGCAACUGUAAGCAUGUACUAGAGAAUCUGGUAAUAGCCAUUAAGGGCUUUGAAGCUUUACUCCAAGAAACCUCAGACAAGCAGAGGCACAUUCAGGAUUUGAAGUUUAGGGGUUUCUACAGCGACCUGGAGUUCAUAUACAGUAGUAACUGAGUUCAUCGUCAAAUAUUUUUAUAGCUAUUUAAUAUAUUUCUGAAUACAUAUACAACAACAACAACAUACCCAGUGAAUCCCACAAGUGAGGUACGCGUGGAGGGUAUAGUUUGCGCAGACCAUACCCCUACCUUGGGAGGUAGAGAGGCUGCUUCUCACACACCGUCUAGACAAAAACUACUGGGUUCCCGUGAACCCACAUAUCGUACCGUGGAUCCGCCUUUGCAGACAAGUCAAUAUUUCAAAGAUAGCUAUGUCAUAUGAACUUCCAUGGUGGUUUGAAAGGGCAGGUCAUGUAUUUGGGCAGUCCUAGGACUUGUUUCCUUAGAUGAGGAAUGGGAAAUAUUAUAUGCCAUUUUUACGAUGAUCCUAAAAGUAGUUAGUGAAACUCACUUGGCCUUAACGCCCUUAACACAAAAGUGCAGAACUCUCAACCACCUAAAAGAACUCCAUUGCCAUCUCCUCAAACAUCACCUCCCUGAAACUCCAUCAGCCAUUGCUCCACUUCUUUCAUUUGCCGUCAAUUCUAGGAACCCUUCUUUCUUCAACUAUUCGCGUAUUGUGUUUCAAAAUCUUGGCUACCAAAGUACCUUUUUGUAUAAUACCAUGAUCAGAGGAUACAUGCAAUCAGAUUUGCCGAUACCAGCAAUUCUAUGCUACAAAAACAUGCUGAGAGAUAAGCUGAUUGUAAAUAAUUAUACCUUUCCGCCAUUGAUAAAGGCUUGUUCAAUGGUUUUAAAUGAGUUGGUUCAACUUGGGUUUUCAGUGCAUGCCCAAUUGUUGAAAUUCGGAUUACAACAUGACCGGUUUAUUGUUGCAGCAUUGAUUGAAUUUUAUUCCCUAAAUCUCGAGAUGGACAGAGCACGUAUGUUGUUCGAUGAAAUUCCCUACAGAGAUGUGGUUAUGUUUACCACCAUGAUUGAUGGAUAUGGGAAAAUAGGGGAGGUGGGGAAAUCCAGAUUGUUGUUUGAAGAAAUGCCGGAGAGAAAUGUGAUUUCUUGGAGUGCAAUGAUGGCAGCAUAUUCUCGAGCUAGUGAUUUUAGGGAGGUUCUUUGUUUGUAUUAUAGGAUGGAAAAAGACGGUCUUACGCCCAAUGAGUCUGUUCUUGUAAGUGUCCUCACGGCUUGCGCUCAUCUUGGUGCCUUAACAGAAGGUUUUUGGGUACAUUCAUUGGCUAAGCAUUAUAAUUACGAGGCGAACCCAAUAUUGGCUACUGCGUUGGUUGACAUGUACUCUAAAUGUGGUAUAAUGGAGUUGGCUUCAUCAGUUUUUGAAGAGAUGACUUAUAAGGAUACUGGAGCAUGGAAUGCUAUCAUAUCAGGCUUUGCAAUGAACGGAGAUGCAAUGAAAUCCAUUCAAUUGUUCGAUAGGAUGUUAGCAAGUGGGAAGCAACCAAAUGAAACCACAUUUGUCGCUUUGCUCUCUGCUUGCACUCAUGCAAAAUUGGUCAACAUAGGUCUUUCUCUGUUUGAAAGAAUGGGCAGCGUUUAUGGGGUUGAACCCAGGUUUGAGCAUCGUGCAUGUGUGGUAGACCUGUUAGCAAGAGCCGGUAAGCUCGAGGAUGCUGAGAAGUUCAUCGAGGAGAACAUUGGAGGGAUAGAGAAAGGCGAUGCUAACGUGUGGGGCGCUUUACUUGGUGCUUCUAGGGUGUAUGGUAAUGUCGAAGUAGGUGACAGAAUAUGGAGAAAGAUGUCUAACAUGAAGAUAGCUGACUAUGGUACUUAUGUACUUGCAUACAAUAUGUACAAGGAAGCUGGUUGGGAAAUAGAAGCUAAGAGUGUUAGGAGAUUGAUCGAGGAGAUGGGGAUAAAGAAGCAGCCUGGAUAUAGUGUCAUUGAGGUAAAUGGUGAGGUUAAAGAAUUUGCCGCGAUUGAUCUAUUACAUCCUAAGUCAUGACAAGUACGUAACAUGCUUGAGUUAUUACCUUAUGUAAUGCAUCUUAUUGAUUGAACAUGAUGUCGAAAGGUCAGAUUAUGGGCAAAAGUAUUGCGUUUUUUUUGGUCUUUAUUUAUUUGAAACUAUGGAAUUGCUUCGUAUUGUGUAAAAUGGCCAGUGGAUAUUGGUACUCAGGUUAAGAAUGGUGCUUUUGCGGAGUUUUGGUUCCCAACAGUGUUUUCAGAGGCGUUUUCGGAGCGAGUCCCGGGGCGUAUCAAAAACGCUUUGCGGAGCAAAUGAAAGGCGUAGAUUCGUAGGGCGUACACCCUAGAAUUUGGGGCGUAACUCCCGAGAGCAAAAGCGUAAGCCUCGGGCAUAAAGGCGUACGCCCCAGGCGUUAAAUUUUAUUUUUUAUUGUUUUAAAAGUAUUUUUGCUGUAGAUUAUGAUUUUUAUUAUUGGUGUAAUGAUACUUAUACUUUAUGUUAUCAUGUUGUAGUGAUUUUUCUUAAAAUAUAUAAAUAAAGAAAACAA